AUGCGAGCUCCGUCCACAGACCUGCUGCGCGCGCUGCGUCGAGCUGCAGCGACGACAUCCUCCCCUGUGGUGUACACGUCGCGGGCGGCCCAACUACGGUGUCAUCAAGUGUCUCCAUCUCAGCCACAAACUCAUCUCCGUGCCCUCUCAACAAAUCCUGCAUACCAUCAGCAAUCUCCCGCCCGUCCACCAUCCGUACCGCCGCCCACCUCGACCGCGCGAUCGCUCAAUAUCCCGCCGCGCCCGACCGCGCCUCCUCCCAAUCCUGCGCGUCCUGGCUCCCCUCGCAUCAACCCCUACGCGCCCUCGAAGAGCAGGGACAGAGGGCCGGCCUCGAAAGAAGAGACGCAGACGGACUUUUCAAAGCUGGACAUCUACGCCUCCGCGGGCGUCGAGGAGCCCGCAACGUCCAUCGACGCCUGCACGCACGACGGCUUCCACCUGAACAAUGGCGUCCAAACCUCCGGAGGCCGGGGCGUGAUGCUCGUGGGAGGUGAGGGAUUCGUGUGGAGUCCCUGGGCUGGCACGGGUGCCGGGGUCGGUGACGCGACAGUAGUCUCUUCGACACCACCCGCCUCGGGCAAGGAGCGACGGGCCCCCACGGCGUCGCAGUUCUCACAGUUCCUGAACGCUCGCUCUUCUGUCCUGGACUUCCCGCCCUCGGCCUUCGGGUUGCUCACCUUGCUGUACCCGAAGCCGGACUUGUUGAUCUUCGGCACGGGUCGUCAAUUACACAUGCUGUCAAAGGACACGAGACGCUAUCUGUCCGAGGAGCUGGGCAUGAAGGUCGAUGUGAUGGAUACGGCGAACGCGGCAGCCGCGUACAAUUUGCUUGUCAUGGAGCGGGGUGUUGAAGGGGUGGGCGCCAUUUUGAUCCCGGAGGGGUUCGUGUAG